AUGCUUUUAUUCAGAAAAGCGUUACAUCAAAAUAUAUCAGAAGUUUCAAAUGUCAAAGAAUUAGUUGAAUUAUUAAUUGCUAAAAAUAAUUGCAAUGAUACUGAGUGUUCUGGAAGUAGCUACAGUUUUAAAACUGCACAACGUUCGUUUCCCAAAUUAAAAUUAGUAAAACAUUGUCUAAGAAGUUCUAUGGCACAAGCUCGUUUAACAAACUUGAAUUUACAAAGUAUUGAAAACGAGAGAAUACGCAGUUUAAAUAUAAAUACGUUGGUUGAAAAGUUUGCCACGAAAAAUGCAAGAUCACAGAAAUUUAUUAUUACUAUUUAUUUUUUAGAAUAA